AAUUCUUCAUCGAAAAAGUGCGCAGACAGCUCAAGGUGAUCCUGUGUUUCUCCCCUGUGGGCUCCGUGCUGCGGGUACGAGCCAGAAAAUUCCCAGCUGUGGUCAACUGCACGGCCAUCGACUGGUUCCAUGAGUGGCCGGAAGAUGCCCUGGUGUCCGUCAGUGCGCGCUUCCUGGAGGAGACCGAGGGAAUUCCACAGGAAGUCAAGGCCUCCAUCAGCUUCUUCAUGUCCUACGUGCACACCACAGUCAACGAGAUGUCCAGGGUGUACCUGGCUACUGAGAGGCGCUACAACUACACCACACCCAAAACCUUUCUGGAGCAGAUCAAACUCUACCAGAACCUGCUGGCCAAGAAGAGAAUGGAGCUUGUUGCCAAAAUCGAGAGGCUGGAGAACGGCCUGAUGAAGCUGCAGAGCACAGCUUCCCAGGUGGAUGACUUGAAAGCCAAGCUGGCGAUUCAGGAGGCUGAGCUCAAGCAGAAGAAUGAGAGUGCAGAUAAACUGAUCCAGGUGGUCGGCAUCGAGACCGAGAAGGUCAGCAAAGAGAAGGCCAUUGCUGACGAGGAGGAAGUCAAGGUUGAGGUCAUCAAUAAGAAUGUCACCGAGAAGCAAAAGGCGUGUGAAACGGACCUGGCCAAAGCAGAACCAGCCCUACUGGCAGCCCAGGAGGCUCUGGACACUCUGAAUAAGAACAACCUGACAGAGCUGAAGUCCUUUGGGUCCCCCCCGGACGCCGUGGUCAACGUCACCGCCGCCGUCAUGAUUCUGACCGCACCUGGGGGCAAGAUCCCCAAGGACAAGAGCUGGAAGGCGGCCAAGAUCAUGAUGGGCAAGGUGGACACCUUCCUAGACUCCCUGAAGAAGUUCGACAAGGAGCACAUCCCUGAGGCCUGCCUGAAGGCCUUCAAGCCCUACCAAGGCAACCCGACGUUCGACCCCGAGUUCAUCCGCUCCAAGUCCACAGCCGCCGCCGGCCUCUGCUCCUGGUGCAUCAACAUCGUCCGCUUCUACGAGGUCUACUGCGACGUGGCGCCCAAGAGGCAGGCCUUGGAGGAGGCUAAUGCAGAGCUGGCAGAGGCGCAAGAGAAGCUGUCCCGGAUCAAAAACAAGAUUGCCGAACUUAACGCCAACCUGAGCAACCUAACCUCAGCGUUUGAAAAAGCAACAGCUGAGAAAAUCAAGUGUCAGCAAGAGGCCGAUGCCACGAACAGGGUGAUCUUACUGGCGAACAGGCUGGUGGGGGGAUUAGCAUCGGAAAACGUCCGCUGGGCUGAGUCUGUGGAGAACUUCAGGAGCCAGGGGGUCACGCUGUGUGGGGACGUCCUGCUCAUCUCUGCCUUCGUGUCCUAUGUGGGCUACUUCACCAAGAAAUACCGGAAUGAGCUGAUGGAGAAAUUCUGGAUCCCUUACAUACAUAACUUAAAGGUCCCCAUCCCGAUCACAAAUGGCCUGGAUCCCUUGAGCCUGCUGACAGAUGAUGCGGACGUGGCCACCUGGAACAACCAGGGCCUCCCCAGCGACCGCAUGUCCACCGAGAAUGCCACCAUCCUGUGCAACACCGAGCGGUGGCCGCUGAUUGUGGACGCCCAGCUCCAAGGAAUCAAGUGGAUCAAAAACAAAUACAGCAGUGAACUGAAAGCCAUCCGCCUGGGACAGAAGAGCUACCUGGAUGUCAUCGAGCAGGCCAUCUCGGAAGGGGACACCUUGCUCAUUGAGAACAUUGGCGAAACCGUGGACCCCGUGCUGGACCCUCUACUGGGCAGGAACACAAUUAAAAAGGGAAAGUACAUUAAGAUUGGUGACAAGGAGGUGGAGUACCACCCCAAGUUCCGCCUGAUCCUGCACACCAAGUACUUCAACCCACACUACAAGCCAGAGAUGCAGGCUCAGUGCACCCUCAUCAACUUCCUGGUCACCAGGGAUGGACUCGAGGACCAACUCUUGGCCGCUGUGGUGGCCAAAGAGCGCCCAGAUCUAGAACAGCUGAAGGCAAACCUCACUAAGUCUCAAAACGAAUUUAAGAUUACUCUGAAAGAGCUGGAAGAUUCGCUCCUGGCCCGUCUGUCGGCUGCGUCGGGGAACUUUCUGGGAGACACAGCUUUGGUGGAGAAUCUGGAGACCACCAAGCACACAGCCAGCGAGAUCGAGGAGAAGGUGGUAGAGGCAAAAAUCACAGAAGUUAAAAUCAACGAGGCGAGAGAGAACUACCGCCCAGCUGCGGAGCGGGCAUCUCUGCUCUACUUCAUACUGAACGACCUCAACAAAAUCAACCCCAUCUACCAGUUCUCCCUCAAGGCCUUCAACGUGGUGUUUGAGAAAGCCAUCCAGAGGACCACCCCUGCCAGUGAGGUGAAGCAGCGGGUGAUCAACCUGACAGACGAGAUCACCUAUUCCGUCUACAUGUACACGGCCCGGGGACUCUUCGAGAGGGACAAACUCAUUUUCUUGGCACAAGUUACAUUUCAGGUCCUGUCCAUGAAGAAGGAGCUGAACCCAGUGGAGCUGGAUUUCCUCCUGCGGUUCCCUUUUAAGGCCGGGGUGGUCUCACCAGUGGACUUCCUGCAGCACCAAGGCUGGGGCGGGAUCAAGGCCCUCUCAGAGAUGGAUGAGUUCAAAAACCUGGACAGUGACAUCGAAGGAUCUGCCAAGCGCUGGAAAAAACUGGUGGAGUCGGAAGCCCCCGAGAAGGAGAUCUUCCCCAAGGAGUGGAAGAACAAGACCGCCCUGCAGAAGCUAUGCAUGGUGCGCUGCAUGCGGCCGGACCGCAUGACCUAUGCCGUCAAGAACUUCGUGGAGGAAAAGAUGGGCAGCAAGUUCGUGGAAGGCCGGAGUGUUGAGUUUUCUAAGUCCUACGAGGAGAGCAGCCCCUCCACGCCAAUAUUCUUCAUCCUCUCCCCCGGGGUGGACCCCUUGAAAGACGUGGAAGCCCUGGGAAAAAAACUAGGGUUUACCAUAGACAAUGGAAAACUCCAUAAUGUGUCCCUGGGGCAGGGACAAGAAGUGGUGGCUGAGGACGCUCUGGAUGUGGCUGCAGAGAAAGGACACUGGGUCAUUCUGCAGAACAUCCACCUGGUGGCCCGGUGGCUGGGGACGCUGGACAAGAAGCUGGAGCGCUACAGCACGGGUAGCCAUGAGGAUUACCGGGUGUUCAUCAGCGCGGAGCCUGCCCCCAGCCCCGAGACCCACAUCAUCCCCCAGGGCAUCCUGGAGAAUGCCAUCAAGAUCACCAACGAACCCCCCACGGGCAUGCAUGCCAACCUGCACAAGGCCCUGGACCUGUUCACCCAGGACACCCUGGAGAUGUGCACCAAGGAGAUGGAGUUCAAGUGCAUCCUCUGCCUGUGCUACUUCCACGCAGUGGUGGCAGAGAGGCGCAAGUUCGGCGCCCAGGGCUGGAACCGGUCAACCCCUUCAACAACGGGGACCCUCACCAUCUCCAUCAACGUGCUCUACAACUACCUGGAGGCCAACCCCAAGAAUCCUGGCACCCAGGGUGUGAGCUGGGACUUGGUGGGGAGGAACAAGCAGGCUUCCUGGGCUGCAGGCCUCACCAUUGCUCUGUCAGUGUCUGGAGAGAACCCAGGUUUGGAGCAGGACGGGCAGAAAACCUCCCUGGAUAGAAGGGAGUACUGUGUCCAUUAUGAGAAUGCAUAA